CGGCAGAUUGAAAUACGCGACAUGCCUGCGACCCGGAAGACGCCCGAAAAUGUCCCGGGAACUGGCGAUCCUGAUCGGAAGAGGGUGUUGAAUGUGCUAGCCCAAAGGCGAUAUCGUCAAAGGCGGAGAGAGAAGAUGGCUGCGUUGGAGGCUCAGAAUAAGGGUCGUUGUGUGGAGUUAGUAUCCGAAGAAAGUGCCCAGUGUGCGCCUGGGCUUACAGCCACAUGGUCCGACUCUUCGCUAGAAGAUCCAAUUGCGGAAACAAAUAAUGCUCAGCAAAUCCACACUUUCGGACUACCCAUGGUCGACUUUGGUGGAGAUCUCCUUGACAUGCAAUUACUUGAGGACUUCAAUAAUUCAUGCAGUCCAUCCAGCCAGUCCAGCAGCUCAGACGCAAUAACCCACUCCAACCCCAUCCAAACAACCACACCUCCACCAAACCUCACCUUCCCCCUAACCGCCGACGGCGCCCAACUCGACAUUCCCGUCCUCUCCGCCAUGCGGGCUGCCAUGAACAUCAGCACAGCCCUCGGCCUCGCAGACAUAGUCUGGGACCCAAACUACAUGCACACGUUCCCCACAUCAACACCCCUCGACAACCUCCCACCCAACCUCCACCCAACUCCAGCCCAGCUAACAAUCCCGCACCACCCCUUCCUCGACGCCCUGCCCUGGCCUUCGAUCCGCGAGAAGCUGAUUUGCAUGUUAGCCAUGCCCUCUGGGCUCCGUCCGCCUGUUGCUCGCGACGAUGAGCCAGGGAGUAUGGGCCAGGGUCUUGCGGUGCUGCAGCUCACGACUCAUCUGGACGAUUAUCGAGAUGGGAUCAGGGUCCAUGGGAACAUGGUGGGGUGGGGAGACUCGAGUGAGAUGGUCGAGGAGGCAUGGGAGAUUGGCGAGUGCUUUUUUAGGAAUUGGUGGUGGUGUAUUGAUGAAGGGGCUGUGAGGAUCACGAAUAUGCGGAGGAGGGAACGGGGGUUGAGGCCGUUGAGGAUGAAGGGGUAA